AGGCCAUGAUCAUUAUAAAGCCAAGCCUCAGAGCUUAAAAACAGUGAAAAAAAUCUCCACUAACCAUCAAUCACAGAUUAAUAUAUUCAAGGAACAAGAGAAAGUAAAAGCACAUCUAAGCUCACCUAAAAACAGCUCAAUUCGGCAUCUUUCUUGCAUCACUUCACCUAAUCUAAUGCUCCUGGCCGUAGAUUGGAGAGUGAUCAAAGGGUUCAUUUUUAAAAAUCUGAAGGCAGAGAUCCAAAUGAAGGGACCUUGCUGCAAUCAAAAACUUCCACGAGUCGUCUUUCGCGCAGCUUCUUAGUAUCUAAUCCCCUUCUAUUCGAUAUCGUCUCUCAUCGAUCUCCGGCAUCUCUUUCUCUCUCCACUUUUCUGCAUCUUAUACAUUAAUCGUGAUAUAUCCCAUGGCGGCUGAAGAAAUUCAGGUUCCAGUAGUUGAGGAACAGGUCGCAAAUCCAGCGCCGGUGAACCCAACCAUCGAGACGGAGGUUCCCCCCGCCUCAAAGGAGAAGAAGCCAACGAAGCCUCGCAAACCACGCGCUCCCGCAACCCAUCCGCCUUAUAUUAAGAUGAUUCAAGAGGCAAUCAUUUCUUUGAAGGAGAAGACAGGCUCCAGUCAGUAUGCGAUCACCAAAUUCAUCGAGGAGAACCACAAGGACCACAUCCCCCCAAACUUCAAGAAGCUCCUUCUCUUCCAUCUCCGCAAGCUCACAUCCACCGGAAAGCUUAUCAAGGUGAAGAACUCCUACAAAAUCCCCGCUGCCGCAGCUAAGAUAACGAAAACCAAGGCAACUUCUAAGCCGAAGCCCAAGGUUUCUGUAGCCAAACCAAAGGCAAAAUCAUUGGUUAAGCUGAAAUCCAUGGCGGUGGUGAAGCCAAAUACGAAGCCCCCUUUCUCCGCCAAGCACAGGACUAAGCUGGCGGAUACAAAGCCAAAGAGGAAGUCGGUUGGCAAACUGAAACCAGUGGCUAAGGUUGCGAAGCCGAA